CCAGGACCUGAUCAAGAUUCUGACCCGCGAUGGGGGUUCAUGGCCUGACCACUUUGUUGGAGAAUAACCCGGGGGUCUACCGUCAGGACGUCCGGUGCAGGGGGAGGCGGCUGGUGAUUGAUGGCUGCAACCUCCUCUACAAGCUGUACUUCGACUCAGGCUUGGACCAGAACCGCGGAGGGGAGUACGCUUCUUUCGAGGUCCUGAUCGAGAAGUUCAUCCGGGCCCUCAGAGCCUGCAGCAUCGCUCCGUACGUGGUGCUGGACGGGGGCACUGACCCCACCGACAAGAAGCUAAAGGAGGUCACUCGGAGAGCCCAGGACCGGAUCGGGAAGGCCAACCGAGCGGCGCUGGAGGGAGGGCGGGAGGACAUCCUGCCGCCGCUGGCCAGGGUGGUGCUCCUCCAGACGCUGACUCGCUUGGAGGUCCCGUUAGCUCAGUGCUACGGAGAGGCUGACCGGGAGGUCGCCGCCCUGGCCAAGGAGUGGCGCUGCCCGGUGCUCUCCCAGGACAGCGACUUCUACGUCUUCGACCUGCCGGACGGCAUGCUGCCCCUCUCCCACUUCCGCUGGCAGGAGGUGCAGCAGAGCGACACUCAGAGGGGGAGCUUCAUCCGCUGCUGGAGCUACAAGGCCUCCAGCUUCGGCAUCGUCUUCGGCCUCCAGGAGCAGAUGCUGCCCGCCUUUGCCGCCUUGGCCGGGAACGACUACGUGAAGCUGGAGGGGACUGAGCGGGCGUGGUUGGGCCCGCAGGGUGGGGGGGUCACGAGCCACCUGGAGAGGCUGCUCCGCUGGCUGCGGGGCUUCCGGCGGCCUGGCGAGGCCUUGGAGGCGGCGCUGGGGCAGAUGGGAGAUCUGAGCGUUGACAGGAGGGCGGAGCUUCGGAAGAGCUUGUAUCUUGGGAUGGGGGAGUAUCAGAUUCCCUCCAGCUCCCUCACCAAGUUCUUCCUCCACAGGACGCCUCCUGCCCCCCCGGAGGAACAGGACUGGGGUAUGGUCCCUCAAUGGACCCGGCUCCCUUUGAGCGAGGGCCGGCUGUCCCCGGGGGUCCUGGACGUGUUGCUGCUGAAGAGGAAGUCCCUCUGCUGCCUAGUGGACAGAGGGGACUCCCCCAGCGCUCACCUGGCCUCCAGGCCGCUCCGCCAGGUGAUGUACGGGCUGUUGCUAGGCAACGGGAAGGAGGUGCAGGAGAGGGACCGAGAGGGACUCCAACUGAAGUUCAUCCGGGUCGAAACCGUCACCAAGAGCUCCAGGGGGCUGGUUCUCCCUUCACUGGAUCAGGUAGAGCCAACGAAGCGACUGCAGGUGCUGCUCGAGGCUCUGCAGGUGAGUGAGGACCCUCUGAGCCUCCUGCCACCUCCUCUGCGCCUCCCAGUGGCCGCUACCUGCUACUGGCUGCAGAGCGCUGCGCCUCCUCCUGAGGAGGAGCUGCUGGUGGCCCUGCUGCUGGGACUCAGCGCUGUGUACAACGGGAGACGACCCGGCGCUGUGGACAACGGGAGACUCCGUGAAGCUCGGCACAAUGUGAAGCUGAACGUGGGCGUGUCUCACUCCUUCAACCAAUGGCAGAGCUGUCUGGAGGUCAGCAUCCAGCUGAACCAGCUGCUGGGCUUCCCCUUACUUGAGCCCCAGAUCUCCAGGUUGUUUGAGGGGACUUUGGUCCACCAGCUGGUUCACAGAAUGAAAUCUGGAGAAAAGCUGCCUGUGGAGAGCAAUCCUCUGACUGAGAAACUCUAUAGAACCUGUCAGAACGCCAUCAAUCAGUUUCACACUCAGGGGACCUCAGAGACUUUACGCAACGCCCACAAGAUUUUAGAGCGUCAGGAAAAGACGUCUCCUCAGCGGCGCCACCCUGUGGACCAACUGACCCCCGACCUGCAGCGCCUGUUCCUCCUCAACGAGGACGAGGCGACUGAAGCCAGGUCCUCGGUUCGAGUUCAGGAGGAGCUGCGGCUCUGCGAUAUGGUGUCUGUGAGAAGUCGGUACCGAGCUCUGGGAUGGUUGUUCUGAGGUCUGUUGUUAUUUUACCAUCUCGUAAAUUCCACAAUUUUCAGAUUUUAAAUAAUUUUUAUUAUAAACUAUGUUCUUUAGACUGUUAACGGUAGAGGAAACGACGCCCAGCAUGCAACGCUGUAUCUUCUGCUCAUUGCUACAUUAGUUCAUACGAAUUCCAAUGUGUCGUCCUCUGCUGACAUCAUCAAGGCUCUGUGUAUACACGUAGAACCAUCUGAUACAAGCCCAGAC